GGUAGAGGCAGGACCAGGAAGAAAGGGGACAGGACGUGAAGGAUAAUUCGGGGAUCAAGGAUAGAGGCUAAAUGCAGGCAUACGGCGAGGCCAGUGACCGACAGGGUGGACUUGCUGGCUCUGGGGGCGGGGACUGUUGUAAGAUUGGCAGGGAAGGAUGGACUCAAAAAUAUGGAAUAGAGCUGACGCAGAGUCUGAGGCGGAUCCUGGCCAGGACCUGGCCAAUCCCAGGCCUGGGGCCGGGGUCUGGUUCCUAGUUAGCGGGCGGGUGUUAAAGCCUGGAAAGGGGGCGAUGCCUGGCCUGAGGAGUUGACCAAUCCCAGGAUGCGGGCUCCGGGUGCGGGUGCGGCCUCGGUGGUCUCGCUGGCGCUGUUGUGGCUGCUGGGGCUGCCAUGGACCUGGAGCGCGGUAGCGGCGCUCGGCGUGUACGUGGGCAGCGGCGGCUGGCGUUUCCUUCGCAUCGUUUGCAAGACCGCGAGGCGAGACCUCUUCGGUCUCUCUGUGCUGAUCCGCGUGCGCCUGGAGCUGCGGCGGCACCAGCGUGCUGGCCACACCAUCCCGCGCAUCUUUCAGGCGGUGGUGCAGCGACAGCCCGAGCGCCUGGCGCUGGUGGAUGCCGGGACCGGCGAGUGCUGGACCUUCGUGCAGCUGGACACCUACUCCAAUGCGGUAGCCAACCUCUUCCGCCAGCUGGGCUUCGCACAGGGCGACGUGGUGGCCGUCUUCCUGGAGGGCCGGCCCGAGUUUGUGGGGCUGUGGCUGGGCCUGGCCAAGGCGGGCAUGGAGGCCGCGCUGCUGAACGUGAACCUGCGGCGCGAGCCCCUGGCCUUCUGCCUGGGCACUUCGGGCGCUAAGGCCCUGAUCUUUGGAGGAGAAAUGGCGGCAGCGGUGGCCGAAGUGAGCGGGCAUCUGGGGAAAAGUUUGAUCAAGUUCUGCUCUGGAGACUUGGGGCCCGAGGGCAUCUUGCCGGACACCCACCUCCUGGACCCGCUGCUGAAGGAGGCCUCUACUGCCCCCUUGGCACAGAUCCCCAGCAAGGGCAUGGACGAUCGUCUUUUCUACAUCUACACGUCGGGGACCACUGGGCUGCCCAAGGCUGCCAUUGUCGUGCACAGCAGGUACUACCGCAUGGCAGCCUUCGGCCACCACGCCUACCGCAUGCAGGCGGCUGACGUGCUCUAUGACUGCCUGCCCCUGUACCACUCUGCAGGAAACAUCAUCGGCGUGGGGCAGUGUCUCAUCUAUGGGCUGACAGUCGUCCUCCGCAAGAAAUUCUCGGCCAGCCGCUUCUGGGACGACUGCAUCAAGUACAACUGCACGGUGGUUCAGUACAUCGGUGAGAUCUGCCGCUACCUGCUGAAGCAGCCGGUGCGCGAGGCGGAGAGGCGACACCGCGUGCGCCUGGCAGUGGGGAACGGGCUGCGUCCAGCCAUCUGGGAGGAGUUCACGCAGCGCUUCGGCGUGCGCCAGAUCGGGGAGUUCUACGGCGCCACCGAGUGCAACUGCAGCAUUGCCAACAUGGACGGCAAGGUUGGCUCCUGUGGUUUCAACAGCCGCAUCCUGCCCCACGUGUACCCCAUCCGGCUGGUGAAGGUCAAUGAGGAUACGAUGGAGCUGCUGCGGGAUGCCCAGGGCCUCUGCAUCCCCUGCCAGGCUGGGGAGCCUGGCCUCCUCGUGGGCAAGAUCAACCAACAGGACCCGCUGCGCCGCUUCGACGGUUAUGUCAGCGAGAGCGCCACCAGCAAGAAGAUCGCCCACAGCGUCUUCAGCAAGGGCGACAGCGCCUACCUCUCAGGUGACGUGCUAGUGAUGGACGAGCUGGGCUACAUGUACUUCCGGGACCGUAGUGGGGAUACCUUCCGCUGGCGAGGGGAAAAUGUCUCCACCACCGAGGUGGAGGGUGUGCUGAGCCGCCUGCUGGGCCAGACAGACGUGGCCGUCUAUGGGGUGGCUGUUCCAGGAGUGGAGGGUAAGGCAGGGAUGGCAGCCAUUGCAGACCCCCACAGCCUGCUGGACCCCAACGCCAUGUACCAGGAACUGCAGAAGGUGCUGGCACCCUAUGCCCGGCCCAUCUUCCUGCGCCUCCUGCCCCAGGUGGACACCACAGGUGCGAGUCUCCCCCACCCCAACCUCUCUCUUCAUCCAUCAGCAUGUCUGUUGAUUCGUGUCUUGGUCCAUCUCGUGUUGCUCUAAAAGAAUAUCUGGCUGGGUGCGGUGGCUCACGCCUGUAAUCCCAGCACUUUGGGAGGCAGAGGUGGGUGGCUCACCUGAGGUCAG